AUGAUGAAUCGUAUUCCCCCUUUAACUGCCAAUUACUGCCAAGCUUGCUACUCCUGCUUCAAAACAGAAGGUCCGAAUACAAAGAUAUCACGCUGUACGCGUUGCAAACGUGUGUCGUACUGCGGAACAGACUGCCAAAAAAAGGAUUGGCGUCAACACAAAGCGAUCUGCAAGGCACUGGACGCGGUAGAAAAAAGCGCCCUUGCCAUCUCGACUCUCACGUUCUCUCUCGCUGACGCACCGUCGACCGAUAUCGACUAUCUCAAUAUGCUUGGUGAUCAAAUAGUCAAAAAUGAAAUCAGUCAAAUUAUGCUGCCCUUUAGCAAGGAAGGCCGUCCAUUGAAUACCGCAGAACAGAAUUUGCUGGCGUUUCAACCCCGUUGCAUGGCUUGUGCCAGGACGGAUCGACUCCUACGAAUGAAACCCUCCCCCCUCCGCUCCUCCUCUCUUUCAUCUUGUCCAGACUGUAAAAUGGCUUUUUAUUGCUCCAAUGAGCAUUGGGAAGCUAUACGCUAUAUUCACCAGGAACAGGCCCGCGAAGAGGGGCCGACGCAGUGUCAGAUCAAUCAGGAAGUACGCGCCGAUAUUCUUUUUGCAGAUAUCAUGAGCGGAAUGAACGUGCCGUUUUCUUGGGCUCCUGAGCGUGUCAAGGAUGCUUGGCAUACACUAGAAGGUGCAACAUGGGAGAGCGAGUAUCAAGAAGACGUUCGGCAGGCUUUCGGUACCGAUCUGCCUGCAUCUGUGGUGGUGCGAGCGACCUCGAACCAUUUGUCAAUGCCUAUGACGAUUUUAUGGGCAUUGGAACACCUGAACGAGGGCGACGCGUGGACCACGAAGGAGACGUUGACGAUUCAUAUCAUCGGUGCGUAUGAGGCAGAAGUCUUCGCUGGUCAAGCCUUCGAGGAGAUCCUUCAUAGACUUCCUCGGGUAAAGACUCUCAAGCUCAUCCUUUGCGGUCCACAACUACCGAACCUGAUGAAGCCGUGGUCGUCCGAAGUGAUGGUAAUGGACACAUGCUCAGACUGUAAAAGCAAGACCCGCGCCCGUAUCCACGAGCAUCGUCGCGAAUUGUACCAUGAGCUUGGUGUUCAGUCUACUUUUGGAAACCCUGACCUUGCGGUCGCUUUCAACUCUGGUCUAUCCGAGGAAAACGCCGGAACGUGGCCCGACACGAUCAAAUUUCUCGUCAAGCGGAAGAUACCCUCGAUCUUCACUGCAUUUAAUCGUCAAGAGGCGGAAGCUGACGCCAAGAUUCUUAUCCGCUGUGGUGCGCAAUUGGUAUCUAGCCUCGGACCUAGGAAGAAUCUGUGGGGGAGUCUUCUAGCCAAACCCGAGCCGUGCAAAGUUUAUGGAUUCUACUUUGUGAAUGGUUGGGUGGCUGGAGCGUUCCAUUGA